UUUUGCACUAUGGAAUCCUUGGCUUUUAUAUCCCAAUUUCAGUUUUCGUCCUUUCAAAGUCUUUAAUUUACCUAAUAACGUAGUCAGCAGCAUCAACCACAAGCACUUCAUCUUUCACAAAUUUCCUUUUCAUCUAAUCUUCUGUCCAUUGGAUCGAUUCGUUGCGAUGUCGAAGAAAGCAAACCAGUUCAAUCUGCCGGUAACAGCCCUGUCAAUAUUCUUCGUAAUCACCACCGUUGCAUGUCCCAUCAACGGCUUGGUAUCAAGGGAGCUUGAUGAGAACACGGCACCACCAAGUGAUGAUCAAGGCAUCAAGUGUACCCCAUCAUGUACACAAAGUCCUCCACCACCUUCCCCACCUCCACCUCCUUCUCCACCUCCUCCUUCACCUCCGGCAUGCCCUCCACCGCCGUCACCACCGGUGUUUUAUCCACCACCAUCACCACCGGUGCAGUAUCCGCCACCGUCACCGAAAAAGCCUCCGUCCCAUAGCUGUCCAGCUGGACCUACUCCACCAUCCGUUAUAUACACAACUGGUCCACCAGGGAGGAGCCUGUAUCCUAUCGAGCAAAAUUUUGGUGGUGCGAGCCGGAAUUUGGAAGUGGGUUUAUUGGCUCUGGUUUCUCUACUCCUGGUGGCUUUUUGAAAGGGGAGAUAUUGAUUUGGAUUUGGAGGUCUCCUGGGAUCUUGUGCAAUAAUAUGGAUAUGGUGAGCAUAAUUUACUAUUUUCUUCUAGGACAAGAAUUUUUUUUUGUCGGAAAGAAAGUAGGAACUUACUACUUGCUGUAUCAAUUGAUAUUGUUCAACAAUAAGUUAUUUAUCAAACAAUUAACAAUACCAAUUUAGUUACUUUUAUAUAUAUGUGUGUGAAAGUUAGAACAAUAAUGUUAUGGGAUUU